GGGCCGGGGGCGGGGGUGGCGGUAAAGGAAGAAGGAAGAGCGGACCUGCUGCGCGACUCGACAGCGCUGAGGCUCCGGGGUAGCCCGCCAUGGCCGCCGGAGGCUCCAGCGCGGGGUCCGCGUCCCCCAUCCCCUCGGCGUCCUCCCUGCCUCUAGCUGCCCUCAACGUGCGAGUGCGGCGCCGCCUGUCGCUGUUCCUGAACGUGCGGACGCAGGUGGCGGCCGACUGGACGGCGCUGGCUGAGGAGAUGGGCUUCGAGUACUUGGAGAUCCGGCAGCUGGAGGCGCAUGCCGACCCCAUGGGCAAGCUCCUGGACGACUGGCAGGGACGCCCGGGAGCCUCGGUGGGCCGUCUGCUGGAGCUGCUCACCAAGCUGGGCCGCGAUGACGUGCUGGUGGAACUGGGGCCCAGCAUCGAGGAGGACUGCCAGAAGUAUAUUCUGAAACAGCAGCAGGAGGAGUCUGAGAAGCCCUUACAGGUGGCUGCUGUAGAUAGCAGUGACCCACGGACAUCAGAGCUGGCAGGCAUCACCACGCUUGAUGACCCCUUGGGGCAAAUGCCGGAGCGUUUUGAUGCCUUCAUCUGCUACUGCCCCAGCGAUAUUCAGUUUGUUCAGGAGAUGAUCCGGCAGCUGGAACAGACAGACUAUCGGCUGAAGUUGUGUGUGUCUGAUCGCGAUGUCCUCCCUGGCACCUGUGUCUGGUCCAUCGCCAGCGAGCUCAUUGAGAAGAGGUGCCGCCGGAUGGUGGUGGUGGUCUCUGAUGAUUACCUGCAAAGCAAGGAAUGUGACUUCCAGACCAAGUUUGCGCUCAGCCUCUCUCCCGGUGCCCAUCAGAAGCGACUGAUCCCCAUCAAGUACAAGGCAAUGAAGAAAGAGUUCCCCAGCAUCCUGCGGUUCAUCACCGUCUGUGACUACACCAACCCUUGCACCAAGUCCUGGUUCUGGACCCGCCUUGCCAAGGCCCUGUCCCUGCCCUGAAGAUUGCCCCGGGCCCCUGGGCGUGUGUGCUUCUGCCCCUGCUUCCUCCUGCCGUAGGGGUAACCUGUGCCCCACUUGCUUCUCAGUUCCGGGAGAUGCCAACUCCACGGACACGCUGUACGUCCUGCACGGGACCAGUAACGUGUCCACGUGCUGGGUUAUCGAGCCAGGACAGCGGAAUCCAGGGCCAGCCGGGACUGAGAAGAGGUCCAGCAGAGCCAGCUCUGACCCGUCCACACGUCUUAGGCCUCGGUCUCUCCACCUGAGAACUAAGUAGGAUAGGGAGAGCUGGUAGUAGCUGUUUGAAUCACUGUCGAGGGAGCCCAGCCCCGGACAAAGGUGCGGCCCACGUGUGUUCCUUUUCUCUUUUUACCCCCUUCAUUGAAAGCAGACUCUGGAAAGAACCCAAUAUGCCAGCAUCUGUGCCUGCAGGGCAGCACAGAACGAGAGAGAGAGAGAGAGAGAGAGAGAGAGCGCUGCUUGAACUCGCAUAGCAAGUAAGCUGCAGACAUAGGUGUUCUUCCCUCCCUACGGCAUCUGUAUGCUAGUUACCUUCGAGCUCUCCUCAGGGGAGAAAAUGUCUUGGUCUCAGGUCUCUGUCCCAGGGCAAAGCCCAGGACCCUAAAUCGAAUAGAAAAUGUGUCUUUUCUGCUCCGCACCCAGCCAGGCUGGGGCAAGGUACCUUUCCUCAGGGUCUUGGUGGGGGGACCGGAGGCCCCUCCCUGCAUGAUCUUGAUGAAGCACCUAGCUGACCAUGCACUUAUCCCCACUUGGGGACGUUGGGGAAUAUUUUUUAAACAAUUUCAAAAAAGUAUCUUUCGUACCUCUUUUGUCUGCAUUGUGAGAAUUUCAGAGAGAGCCGAGAUAUGCCUGUGUUUGUCAUUUCCCUUCUGUAUCCUGGGUUUAUAAUAAACAGUUCUCUACUUUUGGAAAAAUA